AUGCCUAUCUCCCACACCGGUAUCAAAACCACUCCCGCACUUCACCAAGCCACCGUGGCCUGGUACGAAGCUGCCCUCGCCCCGGUGGGCUACCGGAAAAUCGUCGACUUCCAAGACGGCCUCGUCGUCGGGUUCGGCGACGGUUCCGGCAUCCCUGACUGGUGGGUGUCUUCCGCGGCUGCGGUGUUGCAGGGACGGGAGCCGGAGGAGGGUGCGGCCGAGGUCGCGAAGAUUUUGGGCACGCAUACGGCUUUUCUUGCUAAGGACCGAGAGGCGGUCGAUGCAUUCUACGAGGCUGCUCUUGCAGCCGGUGGAAAGACCAAUGGCGCCCCGGGCGUGAGGGAGCGCUACUCGCCGACGUACUAUGCGGCGUUUGUCUUGGACCCGGCGGGCAACAACAUUGAGGUUGUGUCCACGGUGGCGGUUUAG